GAGGAGGAGGGAGGAGGGAGGAGAGAGGGACCCGCCCGCCGAGCCCGGGCUGCCUAGCAUGUGUGGCCGCAGGCAUCCGACGCUGCCGCUGUCCCCCGGCUGAGCCGCGCCCGGGUGUCCCGGACGCUGCGUGAGCCAGUGUGUGUGUCCGCGCCGGUGAGCGCCGCGCCGGCCCUAGCCUCUCGCUCGCUCCCGGUUGCUGCGGUGCAUGUUCGCUUCCUGCCACUGUGUGCGGAGAGGCAGGAGGAACAUGAAAAUGAUCCACUUUCGGAGCUCCAGCAUCAAAUCGCUCAACCAGGAGAUGAAAUGCACCAUCCGGCUGCUGGACGACUCGGAGAUCUCCUGCCACAUCCAGAGGGAAACCAAAGGGCAGUUUCUUAUCGACCACAUCUGCAACUACUACAGCUUGCUGGAGAAGGACUACUUUGGCAUUCGCUAUGUGGAUCCAGAGAAGCAGCGGCACUGGCUUGAACCUAACAAGUCCAUCUCGAAGCAAAUGAAAUCUCAUCCACCAUACACCAUGUGCUUUAGAGUGAAAUUCUACCCACAUGAACCCCUGAAGAUUAAAGAAGAGCUCACAAGGUACCUUUUGUAUCUGCAAAUUAAAAGGGAUAUUUUUCACGGUCGACUGCUGUGCUCCUUUUCUGAUGCUGCCUACCUGGGUGCCUGUAUCGUUCAAGCUGAGCUUGGUGAUUAUGAUCCUGAUGAGCAUCCUGAGAAUUACAUCAGUGAGUUUGAGAUCUUCCCCAAGCAGUCACAGAAGCUCGAAAGAAAAAUCAUGGAAAUUCAUAAAAACGAACUCAGAGGCCAGAGCCCACCAGUGGCUGAAUUUAACUUACUCCUGAAAGCUCACACUUUGGAAACCUAUGGGGUGGAUCCACAUCCAUGCAAGGAUUCAACAGGCACAACAACGUUUUUAGGAUUCACUGCUGCAGGCUUUGUGGUAUUCCAGGGAAAUAAGAGAAUCCACUUGAUAAAAUGGCCAGAUGUCUGCAAAUUGAAGUUUGAAGGGAAGACAUUUUAUGUAAUGGGCACCCAGAAGGAGAAAAAAGCCAUGUUGGCAUUCCAUACUUCAACACCAGCUGCCUGCAAACAUCUUUGGAAGUGCGGGGUAGAGAACCAGGCCUUUUAUAAGUAUGCAAAAUCCAGUCAGAUCAAGACAGUGUCAAGCAGCAAGAUAUUUUUUAAAGGAAGUAGAUUUCGAUAUAGUGGUAAAGUUGCCAAAGAGGUGGUGGAGGCGAGCUCCAAAAUCCAGAGGGAGCCUCCAGAGGUACACAGAGUCAGCAUUACUCAGAGUCGCAGCUCCCACUCCUUGAACAAACAGCUCAUCAUUAACAUGGAGCCCCUGCAGCCCCUUCUUCCUUCUCCCAUUGAGCAGGAAGAGGAACUUCCCCUGGGUGAAGGUGUUCCAUUGCCUAAAGAGGACAUUUCUGCUCCCCUGAUCUCCAGCUCGCCAGUAAAGGAAGCUCGAGAGUAUGAAGAUCCCCCAAGUGAAGAAGAAGAUAAAAUAAAAGAAGAGCCCUUGACCAUCUCUGAACUAGCAUACAACCCAAGUGCCAGCCUGCUCCCCACCCCUGUUGAUGAUGAUGAGAUUGACAUGCUUUUUGACUGUCCAUCUAGGCUUGAGUUGGAAAGAGAAGAUACAGAUUCAUUUGAGGAACUGGAAGCAGAUGAAAAUGCCUUUUUGGUUGCUGAAGAAGAGGAGCUGAAGGAGGCUCGUCGAGCUUUGUCAUGGAGUUAUGACAUUCUGACCGGCCAUAUUCGGGUGAACCCACUGGUCAAGAGUUUUUCCAGGCUCCUUGUGGUGGGCCUGGGACUGCUGCUCUUUGUAUUUCCCCUGCUCCUCCUCCUUUUGGAGUCAGGUAUUGAUCUCUCCUUCUUAUGUGAAAUCCGCCAGACACCAGAGUUUGAGCAGUUUCACUAUGAAUACUACUGUCCCCUCAAAGAGUGGGUGGCUGGGAAGGUCAACCUCAUUCUCUACAUGCUGGGUUGCUCAUGAGGUUAAUAUCUUAUAAAACUAAGGGCUAUAUUCAAUACUAGUGAUUUUUUUUUAGUAGAUGCCUGGUUCUGAAUGGACAUGGGGUUGCCAACAGAUGUUCCUUUCUCAUAAUUGAUCACUCAAACCCUCCAUUAGCUUUUCAUAAUUAAAUGCACUUAAAUCAAAGAUAGAUGUUUUACUUAUGGGUCAGGAAGAUGACCUUUACAUAACCAAAAUAUGUUUAUUUUAAGUGUAGACAACUAUUAUAACAUAAUGCAUAAUACAUUGGACUGAAUAGAUUUCCCUGUUUUUAAUAGUUGGCACCAUCACAGCUAUAAGGUUCAGAAUCAGAAUUUUAGUACAAACCUAAGGGAAAGUUUUUGAAUAUAAUCCUUAGUGGAAAAUGAUGUCCUCUAACCAAUGCCUAUACAACUAAAUUUAUGCUGGGCUUUCUGUUUUGUUUUUUUUAAAACUAUUUUUAUGUGUUCAAACUAUUUUGGUAAAUUUUUAGCAAAAAAAAAAAAGCCUCCUGGAGUUAUUUAAGUAUACCGACUGUAAGACUAACAAUGCACAAAGGUAUAUUGGGAAUUUUUUAAUGUUUUGGCAACAGUUUGUUUUUUAAAAUAUUUUUGGCUGAACAAGUCUAUAAUUUGUUAUUACUUGCAUAUGGGAUAGAAAAUGGGUAGAAAGACAAUUUAGUAAGUAAGCUCCCCAAACAGAUGAUGGGAAUGGAGGAUGUAGAAACUGAGAACAUUGAGUUGACACAGGGAAGUCCAUUUUUCAAAGUUUUGGACAAGAUGACUUGGUACUUUUGUCUGCAUUCUGUCCAUAUAUUUGGGCUAGGGAAGCAGAAUGCUUUUAAAAGAUAGUAAAAUUUUAAAGGAAAAAUGGUAAAAGAUAUACCAGUUGAUUGUUUAUUGUAUAUUAAAACAAGAGUGAGUGGAUACAGAUAGAAAUUGAACUAAUGGAAAGUAGUGAAGAAGAGUUCUGGUGAGGCUGUAGGCAGGUGGUGGAAGGCAAAGGGUGUCUUUCAUGAAAGGGAUGGUGACAAGAGGCAUUCAAUGAUGUAAAGUGCACUCGCUGUCCAGUUGACAUAAACAUGUUUAAGUGGAUCUAAAUAAAAGUGGAGAAACUUUAAGGUAAAUUUUUUGGUCCCUCAUGCCAUUCAUUGUGAUUCUGUGGAAGAAACUUCAAAAGUGUGUGUGUGUGUGUGUGUGUGUGUGUGDGWGAGAGAGAGAGAGAGAGAGAGAGAGAGAGAGAGAGAGAGAGAGAGAGAGGAAGGAUGAGUGGCUUUUUGAUAAAUACCAAGAUUUAUUCUUUAUGGUGGGUAAUAUUCUUCUUUCCUUGCAUGGUUUCCUUAAAAACUUAUUCAUCAUUGGGCUUCCAUUGGGAAAAUGAGAGUGCUCAUCAGAUGACAAAUCAGUUCAGCCUGGGUAGAGAAUAAGAUAACAGACAAAUCCUGUUGUACCUUCCUCCACACCAUUAAAUCCAUGAUAGAAAGGGUCUGAUGCUUUCCCAUGCAGAGUACUUACCAACAUUUGGUAUGAGUGAGAAAGGGUCUGAGGUUUACAGCACAGAGUGCAGGAUUUCUUAUAAAGAAAUGGGGCCCACCUAUAAUAUCUCCCUAAUGACCCUCCAAUGCCACCAUUAGCAUAAUUUCCAAAUUGGGCAUUCCAGUCAAUGGGCAACUCAGUCAAUGGAGCUGUUAGUUCUUUAUUAGAUAUUUAAUUUUGAAAGUAAAUGUUGAAAGUCAGUUCAUGAGGCCUCUGUUGAACACAUUAUAAUAUAUAUACUUGCUAUUAUAUUUGCAGGCUUUUCUUCUUGUGGACUUUCAGUGAUUUAUACUAAUAUAGAAGUAUAUUUUCUUUGAUUGGAACCUACAAUAAUUUAUUUUGGACAUUUGCAUGUAGUCAGCUUGGAAAUUGAAGUUUUAAUAUGUUCUAUUCUUUUUUGACAUAAGGGUACUCCAGUGUAGUCUAUACAAAUCUAGUCCCCUUUCUAUCAUUUUCUUUGAAAUUAAAACCAAGACAAAUUAUCUAGCCCUCAAUUUAAAAAAAAUAAUAUUAAAUAAUAUAUUUAAAUUAUG